GCGCCGCGAGGGCUGCCAGAGCCAAAGACCAGGGAGAGCCCCAUCUUCCAAAUUCAAACCGCACGCGUCACGGCCCCAACGAGAGGACGUCCCGCAGCACUCCGAGCGCUCCCGGGACGCCCCGUCGCCGCGCGGGCGCUGCGCCAAGUCCAAGCCUGGUGGCCUGCAAUAUUUUAGACAGCCGCACCGAGCGCGCGCUUGGAGCCGCAGGCUUCGGCCUCUGUCGCGCAAACGCGUCCUCGUGUGACUGGUGGGCACGCCGCGGCGCGCGGUCGGGGCAUGGGCGCGCAUUCACGAAGUUUGCUGCUGCUGGUGGCUGCCCCGCUGGCCGUGCAGGCGGCGGGCGGCGUGCGCGCGGCCGCGGGGCUGCGCACGGCGGCGCACCGAGCGGCCAGAGACGUCGGGGCAGCGAAACGGGCGGGAAACCCGGCAGUGGCCGCCGGCGCGACGACGGCGCCCGCCGCGCGAGAGGCAGCGGCGACGCCGACGCCGACGCAGCGCGUCCUCGACGCGAUGCGUUUGUCGCUGCAAAGGUGGGAUAAAGUAGAGACGAAGCAAGGGGCCCAGGACUACGUCCGCGACAUAUUGAGCCCCGCGAAGCGCGGCGCGUUAGGCCGCAUUCUCAUCUUAAAUGGCCGCGUCUUCGCGAACGAAGAAGGCGGCAAGGUCCAACAACAUUUAACCAUGGUCUCACGGCCGUCCGCGAAAGGCAUUCCAAAGUAAAAAACGUGGCCUACCUCCACAACUCGGAAGCCGCCCGGGAGCUGCCUCGAGAAUAAAAAAGGCGAGCUUUUGCCAACCACGCUCAUCGCAAAAAAGUACUCCUCGAAGGAAUGUGGCGUGUUAGUGCCGAACCCCUACUUCGGCGACCUGGACCAUUGGUCAAAUGUGGCGCAGCUGUUGGAGGACGCGUCGCGGAAGCACCCCUACUGGAAGCGCGAUCCCAGAGCUUCUGGCGCGGCCAUAUUAGAUGGAGGAACAAGGACUGCGACCACGAGUCCGGGAAUAUUGCCCGUUUCUUGGGGACGCUGUUGACCUUGCGCCACCCGGACCAAUUUGACGUGAAGGUGCGGCAUCUGGAGGCAAGAAAGCGCAUCUGGACGAACGCGACGGCCCUCCAUGCGACAAAAUGCAAGGACGGCGCCGCAAAGUACCCCUUUCGUAUUGAUGGCCUAGACGGGCUCGUGCAGCGCCUCUCGGAGGCCCAGGACGUGAGUUGGGUCAAUCCCGUCGACUACGCGCGUUAUAAAAUCCUGGCGCACUUCCCCGGCGGCACGACGGGGUCCUACAGUCGGAACCUCAACCACCUCUGGGCCACCGGCUCGACCGUCAUGAUCUGGGACCACCCGGCCCAGGAGCACUACUAUGCUGGUUUAGAAGAAGGUCGAACGCACCUCGUCUUCAACGCGACGACCGCCGUCGAGGUCGCGAAACAGAUCACGGACAACUACCGCCUCGCGCGCCGCCUCCGGGAAGGCGCCGCGGACGUGCAGCGGGAGUUGGUCUGCGCCGACUGCCUGCACGGCUUUUUGCUGGAGACGCUGAAAGCGUUCCGGGCGCACUUCUCAACAAAUCUCGCGCUCGACGAUGUUGAGACGGCGCGCGCGACGCUGAAAGGGGUCGAGUGCGGGGACUUCGUCGAGUACGUCUCCCACGGGGUUGUGGAGAAGGUUCCCCCCUCAAACGUGAAGGCGGGCCCGGGCGAGGACCAGUCUUGCGUCGAUCUGGUCGCCGCCGCCUUCGCGCCUUCUUGA